AGUUGAAUUUAUAUGUUAAUUGCAGGGUUGAUUGGGAUUGCUAUCAACACUCAACUCAAAGAAUCCAUUGUACAAAAGAUUUAUCCUAGGCAUGUUUAUUAAUUACUUACUCCCUUUUAGAAAAUUAAAAAAUUGAGGGCUUAUGUAUUUUUAGGAUAAAUUGCUUACCGAAUCCAAUUUGGAAGCUGCAAUCGAGAGUAUAAACCGGUUGAAAGAAUAACUUUUCGUCUGUUUCCAAACAGGACGAUGAUAUCGUCAGAGUGUAAGAUUUGCCACGACGAAGAUCAAGAAUCGAACAUGGAGGCACCGUGUUCUUGUCGUGGAAGUUUAGAGUAUGCUCACCGUAAGUGUGUGCAAAGGUGGUGCGACGAGAAAGGCGAUAUUAUAUGCGAGAUUUGUCAACAGCAGUUCGAGCCAGGUUAUACAGCACGGCGUCCUUUGUUUCAUUGUGGUGGCGUUCCGAUGAAUUUCAGGGGCGAUUGGGGGAUUAUUUCAACAAGUGAUCUGCGUGAUUCUCGACUAACAUCGACCGAUUUCACAGAUGAUGAUUUCACGGAUCCAAACUUUGACGAGUACCCGAUGCCCAGUUCAAGAACCCUCAUAUGUUGCCGUGUAGUUGCUUUCACUUUUGUGAUUCUUCUGUUUCUUCGCCAUACCCUACCAUUCGUCUUAUACGAUGACGGCGAAUACUCGAUUUCAUUGUUCAUGUUACUGAUGUUGCGAACAAUUGGAAUUCUUGUGCCGGCAUAUAUAACGGUGAAAGCGUUAAAGGCGAUACGACGUAUGCGAAACCAACAGGUUUCUCCCACCAUUUUCCCUAUUGCUUCUUUCGACGAAGAGAACGAGUCACGACGACAUCAUCAAGAGUCGCAUUUCAUUCACCUCCCGUAACUGUGACGUGUGAAUACAAAGAAUCACGGUUUUAUGUACCUCGUUGUAAAUAUCGAAUAACAAGAAAAGACGCAAGGCAUACUUUGCCGUACUAGGAUUACAAAUGGACGUAUCAUAUCGAAAAUAGCAUUAUCGGAGAAAAGAAAAGGAUGGAAAAAAUCGAUAAUCGAAAUUAUUUCGAUUAAAAUUUACAAAAUUCAAAAAUCAUGUUUCUUUGUAACAUAGUUCCAAUUUCGAACCAACAUAUGCAGGAGACAGAGCAAAGCAGAAGAAAUUCAAACCAAUCUAUGCAGAAGACAUAGCAAAUAGAUUCGAUUAUUACACAAUAACCAUAAAAGAACACGAAAAACAUAAUUAUUCCGAUUAUUUAGGAAACACAACCAUCACAUAGGCCACAAACCAAACACCACAAACCCAAA